CAGAGGCCCGCAGAGCGCAUGCUCCGGGCAGUUCGCCGCCGGCCGCCGAGCGCCGGAGUUGCUUGUGGCAGUCCCGCACGGAGGACAGGAAGAUGCCACCCAAGCGCAUAGCUAAGAGAAGGUCACCCCCAGAAGAUGCCAUUCCCAAAAGCAAGAAGGUGAAAGACCCUCGUAACCGCGGUCCUGCCGCCCGCUCCCGCCAAGUCUCACACAGGUCCCACAACACAGAACCAGGCUUGGUGCUGACACUGGGCCAGGGCGACGUGGGCCAGCUGGGGCUGGGUGAGAGUGUGCUGGAGAGGAAGAAGCCGGCCUUGGUACCCCUUCUACAAGAUGUUGUGCAGGCUGAGGCUGGGGGCAUGCACACUGUGUGUCUGAGCCAAAGUGGCCAGGUUUACUCCUUCGGCUGCAAUGAUGAGGGUGCCCUGGGAAGGGACACAUCAGUCGAGGGCUCAGAGAUGGUCCCUGGGAAAGUGGAACUGCAGGAGAAGGUGGUGCAGGUGUCAGCAGGAGACAGUCACACAGCAGCCCUUACCGAAGAUGGCCGUGUCUUCCUCUGGGGCUCUUUCCGGGACAAUAAUGGUGUGAUUGGGUUGUUGGAGCCCAUGAAGAAAAGCAUGGUACCUGUUCAAGUGCAGCUGGACGCACUUGUGGUAAAGGUAGCCUCAGGGAACGACCACUUGGUAAUGCUGACAACUGAUGGAGACCUCUACACCUUGGGUUGUGGGGAGCAAGGUCAGCUGGGGCGUGUUCCUGAGCUAUUUGCCAACCGAGGUGGCCGCCAGGGCCUUGAGCGACUCCUGGUCCCCAAGUGUGUGCUGCUGAAAUCCAGGGGGAGUCGGGGCCGUGUGCGCUUCCAGGAUGCCUUCUGUGGUGCCUAUUUCACUUUUGCCAUCUCCCGUGAGGGCCAUGUCUAUGGCUUUGGCCUCUCCAACUAUCACCAGCUUGGAACUCCAGGCACUGGAUCUUGCUUCAUUCCUCAGAACUUGACAUCCUUUAAGAAUUCCACCAAGUCCUGGGUGGGCUUCUCAGGUGGCCAGCACCAUACAGUCUGCAUGGAUUCGGAAGGAAAAGCAUACAGCCUGGGCAGAGCUGAGUAUGGGCGGCUAGGCCUUGGGGAGGGUGCUGAGGAGAAGAGUAUACCUACCCUCAUUUCCCGGCUGCCUGUCGUCUCCUCAGUGGCCUGUGGGGCAUCUGUGGGCUAUGCUGUGUCCAAGGAUGGUCGUGUUUUUGCAUGGGGCAUGGGCACCAACUACCAGCUGGGAACUGGGCAAGAUGAAGAUGUCUGGAGCCCUGUGGAAAUGACUGGCAAACAGCUAGAGAACCGUCUGGUCUUAAGUGUGUCCAGCGGGGGCCAACACACAGUCUUAUUAGUUAAGGACAAGGAACAGAGCUGAUGAAGUCUUUGUGGGCCUGGCUUCUGGCCCCCAAUCCAGCUUCACAGAACAGGAAAACGGCCAGCAACAGAUUCCAGAAGGCCCCUCCCCAGCCCUGACAGCUAUCAUCUCCUGUCUUUUCCCAUCACCACAGCAGAGCCCUUUUCUUCUGUUUCGUCCUCUUUUCUAGAAUCAUCCUGGGACUUGCAGGAUGAGGGAGGAUGGGAAGGGGGUCUCGUAAGGAACUUUGCUUACCCUAGACUUACGUCAUUAGACCUUUCCCUUCACUGCUCUGCCUCCUGUGGUCGUCGUAGGCCCAUUGCCUGCAGAGCCCAAAGCUUCCUGCCCACACUCUGAAAAGCUGGGAACUCCAUCAAGCCCCCCUUCCCCUGUGCCACUUCUUAUUCCUGCCACUAGCUUACAAGGAGACAGGUGGUGACACAGUCAUCAGAUCCAGUUGUCAUGGACCAUGCCUGGGGAGAUCUGGACAAAGGCUUUACAAGGCUGUGGGUGACCCUAAGCCAAAAAUCUGCCACUAAACAGGUGUCCAUGGGCAAAAACAGUGACCCAUUUGAAAAAAAAAUCCAACUAGCUUGCCCAAAAGCACAAAGCACCCACUGUGUCUUGGGCAUUGCCUGUGCAUUCCCCAUUCAGUCAGUCUUUCUGUCCCAGAAGACUGGAAAGCCUCGCUGGGGGCUCUGCUAGGCAGUCAAGGCAGGGUAUUGGGCAGGGGUGGGGUUGGAGGCCAAAGCUUGGAGGAACAGAGGCUGGUCCUAUGAAAAGGAGGUAACAGUGGCUGAGAGGAUAGUUUUGAUUUUUUUUAAUUAUAAAAUAUUUUGGAGGGGGGGAGUGAAAUCUUUUAACACUUUGAAUAAAUUUAGAGUUUUUUAAA